ACACAUAAAUACAAGUAGCAUAUAAUUUUUGUAUAAGAUGUCUGUGGUCAAGAAACCAGGUUUUAAUCGAUACGAACCUAUAUCACCAUCUUUGCUAGGAGAUGAAUGGAUAGAAGAUACGUUUUUAGAUAACGUUGAUAAACUGCAUGAUGUGCUGCCACAACCCUUUAGACGAAUUGAUAAACUUGUUUGGGAGAUUUUUGAGCAGGCUUGGAUUUGUAUAGAACACAAUGAGAAACAAAGACAAUACAUUCAGUCAACAGAAGUGAAAUUAAACAAGGUGAUAUAUGAAGAGGAAUUACUUCUUCACGACCAAUUUAAGUGCUCUGUUGCUUGUGAUUGUUAUUUAUUUGUUGGUGUAAAGCAUCAGCUUAUUGUUUAUGAACUGCCAAAGCUAAAUAAGAUCACGUCUUAUAAUUAUAUUGAUGAUACAAAUAAAGAGGAAAACUUUGUGGAGGAUAUACAUGUUGUUACCAAUGCAGAUGAUAUAGUUGUUAUUGUGACAAAGGAUUAUCAAGGUCAAGUGAAGAUUUUCGGUUUGAAAGAAGACACAAUAUUUUUGAUGCAGCAUAUUGAAGUGAGAGCUCAGCAAGAAAAGAUAUGUGCAAAAAUGAUUAAUUUGUCUGAAGACAACUUAUACCUUGCAAUCAACUGGGAUGACUUUUCCAAGCAGUGGUUGGAUGUUUAUAAGCUUCCAUAUGAAGAGUGGAUGAAUAACAUGGAUAAUAUGGAAACACCAACAGAAAGUCCUACUGCAGAUGUAGGUAACGAUGAUGAAAACAGAAAUAUGCAUGAAGAUUUGCAGGUAUCUGAGUCAGCAGUAAAGAGAUCAUUCACAAAGGUACAGCACGUGUUGCGAGUAAAUCCACCAUUGCUCAAACCUUGCUCGUCAACAAGUAUAUCUGCUAUCUUAAAGAAUGUGGAUAUUGAUUCGAAUGUCAUUGGUUCUGGUUCACAUCAUUUGUUGACAUCAACUUUUUUUGAGCACAUUUGUUCGGAGUUUCAAUAUAAAUCACAAAUAAAAGAAGACAUUGAUAUUACAAAGAGAUCAAAUACCAUCGCAUCAGUGCAUUUCUUAAAAGGUCAAAUGACUAGCAGUUUAUUUCCAUCUAAAAAUUCACAAAAUGCAGAUUCAUCAUGCAACAGUAUUCUUGUCUGGUGGAAAGACAGCAAUCAGUUAUACAUGUAUCCGCUGAAAGCUUCUAAAGAUUUGGAGCAAGCGGCUUUCUCAAUACUUCCGAAUGCUCAUAAUAUCAAAUUAAGUUCUGUCAACUCUCAAACAGAUCUUAUUGCUGUUGCAUUGGUAAAUAAUUGUAUAUCUGUUUGGAAUCGUUAUGUAGGACAACCUUUAAAAGUGUUUAUGCCAGCCGAUAAUCAAGCAGUUACUAUGCUUUGCUUCUCCUCUGUAUAUCAUGGUAAUUUGCAGAACAGACUUACAUACGCGACAAAGCAUGGAAAACUGGUGCAAAUGACAUGUGAACGAAAUGAUGUUACAAAUGUCCUUUGCCUCGAUGACAGAACUUCUUCAACAGGCGAAGGAGAUCAAGUUGUGGCUACUAGUCAAGGUCCUAUGAAUUUAAUGACAGUUAUUUGGAAGUCUGGUCAAGUUAUUAUCUACAACGAAGCUUCAUCACAAGCCUUGUGUCAACUUGAUUUAUUAAGUGAAAGCAAUCUCAAAAACGCUCCGCACCUUGCAAUCGUGUAUACCAAGGAAUAUAUACUUGCCAUUCGAGAUGAAAGUGAUAAAGAAAAGGCUUGUUCUCGCGUGUUCUUGUUUGAACCUGACGAAUAUCCAAUUCUGCAGCCUUUCUUUCACUUUCACUUUCUUGCUGAAGAUGAAGAAGAUGUGGAAAAAGUUGACAACUUGGAAAAGAAUUUUCUUCGCUUCCUAAGAAGAAGGAAAUUAUCCGAUGAAUCACUACAUGCAAGAAUCGCCACCCAAAAGCGAGAGUUAAUGAUGGCAAGAUGAAUGGUUUUCCUUGUGGACACGUAUUCCCAUUUUUUUUUUGGUUUGAACACAAAUGACUAUUUUUUCAGAAAGGAGAAAGAACAUUAUCCUUAUUGCGUUGCAAGCAAAAAACUAUAGAACGUCCCAGUUAUCACUAUUUUUCAGAAUUAUUAUCAACAAAGUCUGUCAUUUCCAGCAGUACUAAUUUAUGCCGUUUAAAACACUCUCCUUAAUAUACACUCUUCCGUUAAAUAUUUUAAACACUAACUUUCCUGUUGUUACUGGUAAAGUAAGACUCGCAAAAGUUUCAUUUUACUAUAAAAACUAUCCUUGGUAAAUUAGAAACACACCAACCGCUCCCCUUUCCCACCCGUUCCCCUUCUUCCCCACCCGUUCCCCUUCUUCCCCACCCUUACCUCUCCUUCCUCACCCCUUCCCCCUCCUUCCCCACCCCUUGCCCCUCCUUCCACACCCUUUACCCCUCCUUCCCAUUCCUUACCCCUCCUUACCCACCCCUUACCCCUCCUUCCACACCAUUUACCCCUCCUUCCCAUCCCUUACCCCCCUUACCCACCCCUUACCCACUCCUUGCCUCUCCUCCAUUCCCUUCCCUCCUCCUCCUUCCUCCAGACGGCAUUAAUUCUGGUUUGUUUUAGUUUUUUAUCGUAUUUCAAGAUCCUGGAAGAAAAAUACACAUUGCUAGGGAUGAAAAAAAGGAAGUAAGUUAAGCGAAUGUCUCUCACAGAAUAAAAGCUGCUUAGCCAAUUCUUUCCUUGUAAAUUUCUAAUGAGUGUACUUUCACAUCUUUUAUGUCAGCCUUGGCUUUCAAAGCUUUUAACUUUCCUAAUAACACUUUCAUCCAAAAAGUUCCUCCUUAACGUCAGAAAUGUGUUAUAUAUGAAAAAUACUGUUACAAAAAUAGUUUCAAAAUUUUAACUUUCGCAGAUUAAAAAGAACAUUUCAUAAAAAAGACUUUCGAAUUGAAAAAAAAAGUUUAAAACGUGAAAAACAUGAAAAAAUAUUUUUUCUUUCUUUUAUUAAGUACCAACUCUUAACAACUCUAUUGAUUUCAAAAAUGUUGUCCACUGGAAAAAUUAUUCUUGCUUUUUCUUUCUUUUGCAGUAGCAUCCGUAUUUUCUUUUGAAUGUUUGCUAAAUAGCUAAUUUACUAAAAUGUACGAAUGGGCUCUUGACCCAACAACUCGUUUGAGUUACCAUUGAUGUGACCCGCUAAUUUCUCUUUAUGAAACCUUCCAUAGAAGUGUCAAAUGACUUGUUUAAUUGUUUUGCAUUGUGUUACUAGUUAAAAACAAAAAAGUGAUUUUUUUAGUAUAUAAGUAAUAUUUAUUUUCUUGUCGAUUUUAUAUUUUUAUGUAUAUAUGAAUAUUCUCAAAAACAAAUGUUAAUUAAUGUUAAUAUAUAUUACAUAAAAUACUUUUCUUUUUCUUUUUUUUUUUAUUUAAGCUGCUUUUUUGUUCACAGUAAGUACGAUUUGGCCACGAUCAUAGGAGUAUUUCUACCAUGAUUUUGUUAAAAUUAUUGAACAAACACUAUUGUGUUGUUGAAGUUUGCCGGUAAAGCAGAGCUAUGAAAUAAACAGGAUCAGGUGGAUGGAUUCCAUUUUUCAACCUCGACCAGUAACUUUUACGAAUAUGGGCUGGCAUUUAGAUUAGAUCAGUUGUAACAAGACUGGCGAAUAGGACUUAAAGUAUUCAGGGUGACUACGAAUGAGACGCCGAGUGACUACAGAAGACUACGAGCGAGUAUUAGUUGAAUUACAGAGUGAUAAUUAGUUCCUGUAAGUCUUUGUUAUGGUUUUAUGGUGUUAUGGUAAAACAUCUUACAUGAUUAUUUGAAGAACUUCUGUGAUCUCACAAUUAUUAACACUUGUCUGUUAUAGUCAAGCAUCUCGGUAAAAGGAUAAGAGGCAAGAAUUAUGAUGGGUAUUUACUUUAUAACGCCAACGCACUAUCAUAACUUGAAAGAUAUUGCUAGGAAAAUCCGUGUUUUGAUGGGAAUGUAUGUGUCUCAAAUGAUCUUGGUCAGAAAUUUGUAUAGAAUAAACUUGCUCUGCUAUCAGCAACAAGUGGAUUGAUUAUCUUAUUACAAUAACAUUUUUGUAGUUUUGAAAAAUUUAUUGUAUUUAGAUAUUUCUGGAGUUAUGUUGAGGCAAGCGCUUUCCCCAUGAGCAAAUAAAGUUGUUACAUGGUUUUGCUUUUUAAACCCCGCGAAUUACUGGGCAAAAAAUACGAUGGCUUACGAAUGUUGAGGGGAAACACAUGAUUCAAUUUCCGCGCGCUCUGCGAGGGGAAAUUGUUUGAUUUCCAAAUACUAUCCGUCUAGCAUUUUCGACUUAUCCUAAUCAAUCAAGUUUUAUUUAUCAACAAAUGAUUUUGUUUUAUAACCUGGUGUCCAGAUCAUGCAGCAACAUUUAAUUUUGCUUACAACUUCGUGCGCAGGUGUUUUAAUGUUUAUGAUAGCGUAAGGAACAGCGAUAUAUAUUUUUAUCGCGUCAGAGGUUUUUAUUUAAUCUUUUUUAUAAGUUGUAAUCAAAGCAAGGCUACUAAAUUUCACUUCAAAUAACAAAUUUAGUUAAACACAACUUCAUAGAUUAUUUUGAUAAACAUCUCAUGACGUUUUCUUUCUUGUGAUAUGUUAUAUUGAAAAUGGUUAAAGUACCUGGGCUUCUUGUUACCUAUUGGAAUAGAUAUUGACAAAGCUGAUAACAUUUUCUGUACAUUCAUUUUAAUUUCCCUUUUUAGGUAUUUUUUUUUACUUCUCCCUUAUGUUUUCCGGUAUUAUUCGUAGUCUUAUUCGUAGUCACUCGUACUCCUCAUCGUGGUCACUCGUCCUUCUGUUCAUAGUCACUCGGAGCCUGUUCGUGGUCACUCGUACUCCUAAUCGUACUUCUAUUUGUAGUAGUACUCGUAAUCACUUGUAGUCACUUGUAACUCCGAUUCUUAGUACUCGUAGUCCCAUUCGUAUUCACUCGUACUUCUAUUCGUAGUCAGUCGUACUCAAAAUUGUAGUCACUCGUCCUUCUAUUCGUAGUCACUUUGAGCCUGUUCGUAAUCACUUGUACUCCUAUCCGUAGUCACUUGUACUCCUAUCCGUAGUCACUUGUACUCUUAUUCGUAGUCACUCAUACUUUUAUUCGUAGUCACUCAUACUCUUAUUCGUAGUCACUCAUACUCUUAUCCGUAGUCACUUGUACUCUUAUUCGUAGUCACUCAUACUCCUAUCCGUAGUCACUCAUACUCUUAUUCGCAGUCACUCAUACUCCUAUCCGUAGUCACUCAUACUCUUAUUCGUAGUCACUCAUACUCCUAUUCGUAGUCACUCAUACUCCUAUCCGUAGUCACUCAUACUCUUAUUC